CACUACGUCCCAGGGCCUGACACUUGUAUCCAUGUGUCCAUUGAAUACACUUUUGCCAAUAGUAUUUAUAGAUGGGGUGGUUACAGGAAGUGAUGGUGCGUCAGGAGAAUGUAGGGAUCUGCAUGACCGAGUCAUUACGCCUGGUCUUCACUGCGUCCCAGGGCCUGACACGUGUACCCUGUGUGUCUGUUGAAUGCACUUAUGCCAAUAGUAUUUAUAGAUGGGGUGGUUACAGGAAGUGAUGGUGCGUCAGGAGAAUGUAGGGAUCUGCAUGACCGAGUCAUUACGCCUGGUCUUCACUACGUCCCAGGGCCUGACACUUGUACCCUGUGUGUCUGUUGAAUGCACUUAUGCCAAUAGUAUUUAUAGAUGGGGUGGUUACAGGAAGUGAUGGUGCGUCAGGAGAAUGUAGGGAUCUGCAUGACCGAGUCAUUACGCCUGGUCUUCACUGCGUCCCAGGGCCUGACACGUGUACCCUGUGUGUCUGUUGAAUGCACUUAUGUCAAUAGUAUUUAUAGAUGGGGUGGUUACAGGAAGUGAUGGUGCGUCAGGAGAAUGUAGGCCUCUGCACGACCGAGUCAUUAUGUCUGGUCUUUACUACGUCCCAGGGCCUGACACGUGUACCCUGUGUGUCUGUUGAAUGCACUUAUGUCAAUAGUAUUUAUAGAUGGGGUGGUUACAGGAAGUGAUGGUGCGUCAGGAGAAUGUAGGGAUCUGCAUGACCGAGUCAUUACGCCUGGUCUUCACUACGUCCCAGGGCCUGACACGUGUACCCUGUGUGUCUGCGACAAUGGACAGCCCAAGUGGUGCAAGGCUGUGCUCUGUUCCCCUCCACAGGAUUGCAAAUCGUUCCGAGUGGGCAACUCGUGUUGUGAGUUCAUCUGUCUGGACGACACGAUACUGAACAGAGACGGAGGCCAUGACAUCAACGCUGACCUCGGUCUGCGUCUCAUCGCCAGUGCCAUCACGGCCAUCCUCUCCCUGUCCCUACUGUUCUUCCUCAUCCACAGGCUGAGACAACGGAAGAUCAGGGGUCGUCAGAGCCGACAACUGAGUGAGGACUCGCGCAGUCUGGGCAGUAUCGGCUACAUCGCUGGUAGCCUCGGCUACUUGCCACCCACACUGGGUUGUCAGGACUACCAUUACGAAGAAGCCGGCUCGCAUUUCCCACUUUGGAAGCCUCCAGGGAACUACUUCCCGCGGGGGGAGGCGCCUCCACCGUAUGAGGAGGCUGUGGCAGCAGCGAGAGCCGAGGCAGCAUUGGCAGCUAGGACUACACCUGGUCCGAGUCUCAGUGUCCAUUCGCACCUGCACCACCAGCACCGCACCAUCCCCCUGACUCUGGCCACCAGUGGACCACUGUCACCCCCGCCACCCGAGGCCCGCCUCGCCACCAUCCGGCCCGACCUGUUCUUCCAGGAGGUGGUACGGGACCCGGCCGCUCCACCCACCACUGACUCUCUGCCAAGCAGGGUGGGUCCACUGGAAGCACAGUGUGUCCGACCCUCGGUCCACACCACUCUGCCGACUGUGAUGGAAGACGACGAUUACCGCAGCGAGUGUGAGAACUGCAACAUGGCCGAGCAGGGGGGAGAGUUUGACACGGAGAUGGAGACCAUGACGUUGCACCGCAGGCCCCAUGAGGAGACAGCCGAUCCCUUCCCACCGUACAGAACAUCGCUGACGCUGCCCACCAACUGUAGGCGCCAGAGGUCCACCCCGAUGGGAACUCCUGCUCAGUCUGGAGCCCGAGAGAACUGGUUCAGCAGCAUGCCCUCGUCCACGUCCUCCUCUGAAGAAGAGUAAUCAGGAUUGCCAAUCGACAAAACCGGUCUAACGACUCAAGUUGCCUCAUCGUGCUAGCUCACUACCACAACAGGAGCCCUCCCAAACGAUUUUUAUACAGAUUUUGUUCAACUGUCUCGACGACUUUCCGUUGAACAUCGAUGUGUUAAACGGGUUUGCUAAUAGGCUAUUUUAUAUUUUUAAUUUAAGAAUGUUUCUGUUGUUGAUUGUGACGUGUACACAUACAGGAAAUAUUUAAACCAGUGGUCGAGAUGGCCGCAUGGUCUAAAACGUAGGACUUGGAUCUGCGUUAGAUAUCACAGUUUCAAAUCCUGUCUCUGACCGUUGCACUGACUUUUCUCCUUAUUCUGUUUGAUAUCCUCCCACAGGCCAUUAGCCCAUGAGAUGAGCUGAAUAUGGCUAAAAAAAUGAAAUAGGUUGUUGACAACAGUGGGCUUUUCUUGUUUUAGCCCUGAUGACAUAGACGAUUUUUGGUAAUUUUUAUUUUUUUAUUUUUUUUAAGUUUUGUUAUUCAAUGGAACUAAAAUGAUAUUAUCAGUUUUGUAAUUUCAGGAAAAGAAACCAAAGUAAUCAUCAUAUUUCUAAUAUAUCUGAAACAGUAAAAAGAUACAGUACUUUAUCAGUUAUCAGAAUUUUGUUUCCUUGUAUAAUUUCUCAGAAUUAAUACUGCUUUAAAAACGUAUGUGUACACAAAAUUCGGAGUGGUCAACAAAAAUAUUCUUAAGGGUUUUAAAGGCUCUAUUGGAUAAGGUAUUAUUUUCUGUACCUUAUUUGAAUUGUUUAUUCAGAAUUUCCUAUGUGCCAUUGUACAAUUUUGCGUAUAUUGCAGACGUAAAUUAUGAGCUGGUUGUAGAAAAAUAGAGAUUUGCAACCGUAAAAUGGUUGUACAUGCUUACGUAACGUUUAUGUAAAGUUCUUCAGUUAAAUGAGAGAAACAAUUUAUAUAAAUUUUUUCCAAACAAAUUUAAAACAUUUAGUAACUAAAUAGAUUGUUAAUUUUAUUGGCAAAAUCACUGUAUUUGUCCUCUUGAUAUUAAAAUCAACUUAAAAAUAAGAAUAAUAUGGAUUUAGAAAAAAUAGAUACCUAAAGUGAUGACUUUAAUCACAAUCUAUUCAAAAAUGGUUUUACUCAUUUAACUCAUUACUACCAAUUAAAAUUCAAAUAUUUCUACCCUCAGGUACUGAAUUAAUUUUUUAUUUUGCAAUAGAAAUCCUUGUUUGGGUGUUUAGGGUCAAUUAAACAUAUUAAACAACCAUAUAAAACGUUAGAAUUUUAUUCUAUUAUCUUAUAAAAUUUAAGUAUUUAGUUGCCUAGUAACAUUUGGAUUUAUGCCAGAUCUAACAUUAAAAAUAAAAUUAUGUGAAUCAUUAGCUUGCCUUGGCCAUUGUUUUAAGGUUAGGCUUUGUCACAUAUUUAAAAAAAAAAUUCUUUAUCAUCACUUAGUUUCACUCAAAAUUAUUGUUGUAAAUUUACCAUCACUCACUUCAUUUUUACUUUCAUUGAGUAUGUGCUCCACAAAGUAACUGAAACUCUCGGAAAAGAAUGGCUUCAUUUCAUACAGCAAAAUCAAAACAAUUAACUGAUGAAAUGGUAAACAACAAUUAAUUUUGAGAGUCGACCAGCUUCAAAAUCAAACAUGUUAUGACAGUCUGUAUAAUAGUACGGACAAAUGCAAAAAUAAUCGGUAUAAGGAAUAUUUGUAGACUCAAAAAUUACAAACUUAAGUCAUUGGUAGCCAGGGGGUUAAAUAAAAAAUUGUUGUAUCUUGAUGUAAACUGAGAGCAAGCGUGUUCUUACAAAUUUGGAACUCGUGCUGAGAUCUACCCUACUAGAUCAGAAUUCACAGCUGAUGAAUGAUCAACAGUAAAUCUUCACUGUCUUUAAGGAUGACUGUAGAUGUCUAAAGAUAUGAUUUUUUCAUUCACUAAAAGAUGCUACAAAGCAAAUCUUUCUUUUGAAUAAGGUGGUUAGUUUUAUUCUGAUAAUGCUUUUAACAUUGAGUGGAAAAUCAUUUCCAAAUAAAUAUUAAAUGCACAAACUAAACUGUGCAUACUUUUGAUAAAUAUUUCUUAAAUAGUUGCAUAUAUUAUUAGAAUCAUCUUUGAGCCAGUUAUCUAAAAGAGUGUACAAAGUUAACACUAGGAAUGGCCAAAGCUUCUAAAAAUUUUUGAACUUUUGAAGUUGAUUUUGAAAAUUAGGAGGACUAUAUAGAUUUUAACAACAAUUUAAAAAAAAUCUAUUUUAUGCUGGAAAAUAUGAAUAAUUAAAAUUUGUGCAUGAAUAUUUGACCCUAACACACCAUAUUAGUGAAAGAACAGUUUUGAGUUUGUUUGAAUUAGAUAUUUUAAAAUCUUUGGAUUUCAAAAUUUUCUCCGUCCAAUCAUAAAAUCAUGAUUUUAUAGUUUUAUGAAAAGGAAUUGACAUAAAUUUAUGAUACAAACUUAAUAUAUACACUGUACACAACAUUCAGCAUUGUGAAUAAAAAAAAUUAUUGUGUACUACGAGGGGUAUUAGAAAAAUAAGGUUCCCGUGAUUUUUUUUAAAUAGGCAGCUCUAUAUUUCUAC